UGCGGGCCACGCGCGAUGGGGCCCCGCAGCCCUGCGGCCGCGCUGCUGGUGCUGCUGUGUGUCGGGUGCGCGCCGACCCCCGGGCGCGGGCAGUACGAGCGCUACAGCUUCCGCAGCUUCCCGCGGGACGAGCUGAUGCCGCUCGAGUCGGCCUACCGCCACGCGCUCGACCAGUACAGCGGCGAGCACUGGGCCGAGAGCGUGGGCUACCUGGAGGUGAGCCUGCGGCUGCACCGUCUGCUGCGCGACAGCGAGGCCUUCUGCCACCGCAACUGCAGCGCGGCCACGCCCGCGCCCGCCGGCUCGGCCAGCCACGCCGAACUGCGCCUCUUCGGCAGCGUGCUGCGCCGCGCGCAGUGCCUCAAGCGCUGCAAGCAGGGCCUGCCCGCUUUCCGCCAGUCGCAGCCCAGCCGCGCCGUGCUGGCGGACUUUCAGCAGCGGGAGCCCUACAAGUUUCUGCAGUUCGCCUACUUCAAGAGCCUGUUUGUCCGUGCGGUGCGGGCCUACAACGGGGAGAACUGGAGAACUUCCAUUUCCGACAUGGAGUUGGCGCUUCCUGACUUCCUCAAGGCCUACUACGAGUGCCUGGCUGCCUGCGAGGGGUCGCGGGAGAUCAAGGACUUCAAGGACUUCUACCUGUCCAUAGCAGAUCACUAUGUGGAAGUUCUAGAGUGUAAGAUUCGUUGUGAGGAGACCCUCACCCCAGUCAUAGGAGGCUAUCCUGUGGAGAAAUUUGUGGCGACCAUGUACCACUAUUUGCAGUUUGCGUAUUACAAGUUGAAUGAUCUGAAGAACGCAGCCCCCUGUGCUGUCAGCUACCUGCUCUUUGACCAGAAUGACAAGGUCAUGCAACAGAAUCUUGUCUACUAUCAGUACCACCGGGACAAGUGGGGCCUCUCGGAUGAGCACUUCCAGCCCAGACCGGAAGCCGUUCAGUUCUUUAAUGUGACGACGCUCCAGAAGGAACUGUACGACUUCGCUCAGGAACACCUAAUGGACGACGAUGAGGGAGAGGUUGUGGAGUAUGUGGACGACCUGUUGGAGAUGGAAGAGUCUGCCUAGUCCACUGGGCCUAAGGAACUUUCCUUCCGAGUUCCUCUUUCUUCAAGUGCCUGGGUUGUUAAUACCUCACAGCCUUCUCUUCUUAAAGAGGGAAACCACCAUCUCCUUACCAAGGUCAAGCCCUCCUUCCCCGUGUUCACACCUAUCCACUCGCCUUCCCGCCUGCCUUCUCAGUAUUCACACUUGUCUUCGUGGUUACACGUCUUCACGCCUGUCUUUCCCUUCGCACGUGUGUUCCCGUCAUCUACAUCUAGUCUGUCCUCCUCACGGUCGUGUUCGUCUCUCCUCUGAUCCCAUGUGUCUCCCCCCAUGUUCAGAAAGACAGUCUUCUGUGGUCUGCUUUCUCAUCCCUGAAGAAAAUCAGUAUUAUUUUUUAAGUAAGAAAAAAACACUAAAAGAUGAUAAAUAUA